AUGAACCGCGACGGCUCUGCCGGCAGCCCUCUGACCGCCAGCCGCGAGUCCGUGCCCCCGGCCGCCGCCUCCGGCGACACGAGCCCCGGGGCCGGUCCGGGUCUCGCAGGCUCCGGCGCCUGUCCGCGCUCCGGCGCGGGGCGACCUGCCGCCGCCAACGCGGCGCGGGAGCGCAGCCGCGUGCAGACCCUGCGUCACGCCUUCCUGGAGCUGCAGCGCACGCUGCCGUCCGUGCCCCCUGACACCAAGCUGUCCAAGCUCGACGUGCUGCUGCUGGCCACCACCUACAUCGCGCACCUCACCCGCAGUCUGCAGGACGACGCCGAGGCCGCGGCGGAACCCGGGCUAGGCGCCCUUCGCGGAGAUGGGUACCUGCACCCGGUGAAGAAAUGGCCCAUGAGAUCAAGAUUAUAUAUUGGUGCUACUGGUCAAUUUCUGAAGCACUCUGUCUCUGGAGAAAAACCAAAUCAUGGCAGUACUCCUUCAGACUCCCAACCUUAGGCUUUCCUUUGAUAGGAACUGGUAGAAAGUGGUGUUUAUUGUUUUAAAAUGGUAUGAAAUAAUUCUAUAUUUAUUACAUCAGACAUAAGAAACAUUUCUGAAAAUUACAUAUUAAUCCAUAGUUGGAUGUUUAGAUUUAUCCGUCAAACCUAAAUAAAUGUAGAAUAAAAUAAUCACUCUUAUAUAAAAUUCAUAGCUUAUCUACUAAGUGUGAGAGAUAGUCACUACUGUAUAGUGCAACAGACACUGUCAAAAAAGAGCAGAAGACACACUAAAGCAAAUUGUGUGUAUGUAUGUGUAUAUGUAUCUAUAUAAAGAAUACAAACAGUUUCUGUAGUGCAUCUUUUACAAACUGAAGAGCUGAAGUCUGUCAAUAUAACCCUCCCAGGUAAAGAUAAAAGCUGUGUUUAUAAUAUACCAACAUUCCAUUUUUGUGAAGAAGUUUGUGCAUAGUGUUGCCCUCAAAAGCCAUUUCAGUUGGAAGGUGAGAUCACUGGUUCAAUUUUAGCUGACUAUGUGUGGAAAAGUAAUAUGAAGAUGCAGUCACUUCUAUAAUUAUUUGUCCCUCUUCACAAACUUGUAAGGAGUAUUAAAAGUGGCUUCCUUCAUGGACAGGGCUUGACUACUUUCGUAGACAUUUAGUAAAUAUCUUAUAUUUCCAAAUUGUAGAAGGCAUUAGAUAUCCCCAAAGCCUGCUUUCACAGGAGUUGGGUUCACUGGGCACAGGGUUUGUCACUUCCUCCCUGAUCUCUUCACAUCUACCCCACACCUUUUCUCAACUUAUUAAUGGAUAAGUAAGCAGGUGCAGCUACUGCCACCCUAAAGAAAGGGGCAUAUUCAUGCCUUCUGAGGGACUUGAGUAAGCUCUAGUUACUCACCCUCACAGUUACAACCUUGGCUAGAUGACUCCUCCCCUUCUCAGUUGCUAUUCACAGUAUACCUACCUGACAAUUAUGAAAUUGGAGAAAGCCUUUCUGAUUUGAGAAUUGUGAUACCUAUCUGCAUUAUGAUGGGGUCAGAAGAAGCAGAAUACCUACCCUGAGAUAAAUCAGGCAAAAGCCAACCUCCUUGAAUCUGCCUCCAUUUGGACCUGCAACCCCAUUUUGACCUAGAAGGUAAAUCUUUCUCCUAUGGGCCUUUCCUACUACACUGCACGUCAAAUACUGGGGAGUCUCUGGUCUGCCUGAUUGUGCCAAUGGCUUCAAAUUUUCAACAGGAGCCUGGCGAUAAGAGCUGAGAAAUAGAGAUAUUUAUCAGGAACACACUGAUUCUCAAAACAACAACAUACAAUAGAGACACCUUAAAAAUCAUCAGUCUCUUUUGUUGCUGAUUUAGAUUCUAUAAUACAUAUCCUUUUCUCAUUUUCCUUCUCAAUCUUUAUUCCAUUUUCCCACUAUAAUGUUCAUUUAUUUCUCAAUAUCCCAGUUUAAAGUUGCUAACUUUGAUUCAAGAUUAGCAAAUAAAAAUGAAUAUUAGGGCCUCCCUGGUGGCGCAGGCAGUUGAGCGCAGCGCUUUGAAGCUGUCCGCAGCCUCUGCAGUGCUGGUUUGAUCCCCGCCAGCCAAGGAGAUGCCCACAUGGUGAGGCAGACCUCUCCUGUCUUGCCCGCUGCUCCCCUCAGCAGUGUAUUUCUUCAGUCUGCCUGUUCUGUUUCCUGCUCUGUCUCUGGUGAAUCCUCUCACCCUCCCACACAUCUGGCCUGUACCCAGUUCUUGUAUAAAUAAAUAAAUCUUAAAAAAAAAAAAAGGAAUAUUAAUGGAUUUGGUUGAAUUAAUGUAGCUAUUAAACUACCGUUUUGUUUUCUCCUUGCUUUGGUUUUCUUCCAGUUUUUGCAGUGAAAUGAAAUAAAAGACUAUUUGAAGGCAAAAACUAUCAUUCAGUUAAUCCAGCUGAACAUGAUCAUGUUUUGGCUCCUGUCUGGUAAUUGGUAAUUUUUAUUACUUUAAUGUGAAUGUAUUCCUUGUAAUGUGACCAAAGCAUGGUUUUACAAUAAAAUAAAUA